GCAACAGGGCGAACGCUCAUUCGCUCUUUGUCUGCAUCUGUCCUCGGCCUCGAGGUGUCUGCUGCUGGCCCUCGGUGCCGACCCUUGAUAUCGACCUUCGAGUCACCACCAACACCAACACCAACACCACCACCACCACUACGGCCUGUGCCCGGCAUGCCCACGCUCCGGGUCGGCUUCCGGCGGGUCUUCUGGAUCCUGGUUGCUCUCGUCGGCGUGAUGUCGCUCAUCGGCUUCAUCAGCCUGCGAGACUCAUCCAGCGACUGGUCAGCCUCGCCGUACCUGUUCCAGGCCCUCAAGCCUGCUGAGUCGCCCUUGCCAACAGAAGCCCCUGCGUCGUCGUCGCUGCUGCCUCCUCUGGAUGAGGAUCUGCCUGAAAUCCUGCCUCCAGGCACCAAGAUGACGAUGGACAUGCUCAAGUUGCGCUGGGCCGCCCUGCGAGAGGCGCCGCUCCACUUUACUAUCGAGCACUGCACAUCCUGAGGCAUGUUCAAGGCUGCCUCCGACGCCUUCAGCCAGAUUCUGAGAGAAGCUUUCCCCAAGGCCAUUAUUUCCGUCAACCCCGUCCCGCCUCGCAAGGGUGCCUUUGAGGUCACCCUCAACGUCGGCAGCGAGGAGGAUGACAUAGUGGUCUACUCUGGCCUCAACCAGAGAAUGGGAAAGUUCCCCAGCAGCGAAGCGACGUUUGCGGCAGUCGAUCAAGGGCUCAUGAAGGCUUACAGAUCAAAGGCAGACCAAUAAGGGCGACCUCUAGUGUCGCCCCGACGGCGGCCUG